AUGCCUAAACUGAUUACUCCAUUAAAGUUAGAGAAGCAUGGUUCUUCAGUUUACACUCGUUCUAUUUUCUAUGAAUUUCAACAAGAAUGCGAGGCUGCUUGUUUUUCUUGUGGUGUUGAAAGCUGUAAUUCUACUUAUGAUGAUGAAGUUGAGUUUUAUAUUGUUGUAGAUAAUGAAUGUCAGAGGAAUUUUGAUGUUACAUUUGAUUUAUCUACACUAGAGUGUACUUGUACUUGCAAGAUGUUUGAGAGUCAGGGUGUUUUGUGCAGACAUAUAUUAUUCAUUAUGAAAGAUAAAUCAGUAUCUGAAAUCCCUAAACAUUAUGUUUUGAAUCGUUGGAGAAAAUAUGUUAAUAAGAAAUCUACAUCAGUGGAUGAGGCUUCUAACUUUGACAAAAAGAAGCAACUAAUCUCUGAUAUGUGGUAA